GGACCGGCUGGCGGAGGAGGAGGCGGAGGCGGCGGCUGGAGGCGGCGACGCGGGAGCCCGGGCUGUGGCGCUCGCCGGGGCCCGAUUCGCGCGUCCCGGGCACGUUCCAGAGCGCGCAGGGCAUGAAGCCGGCGGCGCGGGAGGCGCGGCCGCCUCCGCGUUGGCCGGGGCUGCGCUGGGCGCUGCCGCCGCUGUUGCUGCUGCUGUUGCGCCUGGGCCAGAUCCCGUGCGCAGGUGCCGUGCCUGGUCCAGUGUCUGACUUCCGAGUGACGAGUGUCAGCACGCGAGAGGUCAGCCUAGCCUGGAGCAGCGAUGGCUCCAACUCCUCCUUUAGGCUCUCUAUCAUACAGGAUGGAGCUGGACUGCUCAGGGUGGAAAACACCACCGACCAGAACAUCACCAUCCGUGGCUUAGAUCCUGGGACCAACUAUGUCUUUGAAAUAGUUGCACAAAGACCAAAUGGGACUGAAGCGGACCCACAGAAUGUUUCCUGUACAACUGAACCCAGUCCUGUGUUUGACGUUGAAGUUGCUUCGGUCAGUCCAACCAGUGUGAUCUUAACCUGGAAAAACAACGACACGGCAGCUUCUGAGUACACCUAUAGGAUAAAGAAUGAGAGGGACAAUGAGUGGGCAGUGACUGACAAAAACCAGACGAGGUGUAACAUCACGGGCUUAAGUCCAGCCUCGUCAUACGGAUUCUCCAUCUACUCAGUAAUAGGCAAUAAAACUGGGAGACACCCUGUGCUUAUAAAUGUCACAACAGUGCCUGAGCCAGUUUCUGGACUGCGUGUUGUCUCCGUGGGUGUGACCCAGGCUACUCUGAGCUGGAACAAUCACAAUGCCACCGCCUCCUACCGGGUAUUCCUUCAAAGCUACGGGAUGCAUGGUAAUUCGACUCCAGACCCUGUGGUCAACAUUUCAGAUCUGAAGUCAGGGUUUGAACCCAGAGUCGCCUGGCGUGUACCAGAACCCAACGAGACACAGAAUGACCCUGUGCUUUCAGAAGGUGGCCCGGAAGCCAACAGCACGGACAGACCCCUGGGCGAGAGCUUGCCUUCACCACGCAGCAGCCCCACAGCCUCUGUGACUGUAGAGUACCUUGAACCUGUGGACCCAUCAGAUGUGAAAGUGCUUCUUCUGGGUUUAGAAUCCAGUACUCUGUACAAUGCCACCGUGUUUCCUCAAGCAGCCGAUGGCACAGAAGGCCAGUCACAGGAUGUCAAAUUCAAGACACACUUUAUCCAGGUUUUUGACAUGGAAGUUGCGAACAUCAGUGCCACAAGCAUGACCCUGACCUGGAACGUCAGCCACAAUGGGUCAUACUCUGCCUAUACCUACACGGUCCACGUGGCUAGUGCGAUGGAGUCCUUCAGUGUCACUGUCAACGAUACUCGUGCUGUCAUCUCUGGACUCAGUUCAAGUACCCUCUACAACAUCACCGUGUGUCCUUUCCUGGGUGACACUGCGGGCACACCAGGCUCUCUCCAAGUGUACACCCUGCCUAGUCCAGUGUCUGACUUCCGAGUGACGAGUGUCGGCAUGAGAGAGGUCAGCCUAGCCUGGAGCAGCAAUGACUCCGAGUCCUUUAAGCUCUCUAUCAUACGUGAUGGAGCUGGACUGCUCUGGGUGGAAAACACCACCGACCAGAACAUCACCAUCCGUGGCUUAAAUCCUGGGACCAACUAUGUCUUUGAAAUAGUUGCACAAGGACCAAAUGGGACUGAAGGGGACCCACAGGAUGUUUCCUGUACAACUGUCCGCAGUGCAGUGUCAGACAUUCGCGUGGUUGACGUCACUACCACUGAAAUACGGCUGGAGUGGCAGAACACAGACAACGCCUCCGAUUACAUCUACCAUGUGUUGCUACAGUCUCAGCAUGGCUUUAAUGGAACCAACACUUCUCACAAAGCCAUCACUCUUGGAGGGUUGGUCCCAGGCACCUUGUACAACAUCACCAUCUCUCCAAAAGCCAGCCAUGCGCAGGGGGACCCGGGCUCCAUCUCCCAGUACACACGACCCAGCAGUGUGUCCAAAAUUGAAAUAAGCAUCAACACCACAGCUGUGACCUUGACGUGGGAGAACUUGGAUGCGGCCUCUGCCACGUACUCCUAUCGCCUUGUCAUUGAGGAGGUUGAAAGCUCAAGCAACACAACGCAGAUAGUGAAGACUGUUGAAGUCACUUCCGCCACCAUCACUGAAUUAAUCCCUGGCUCAUCCUACACAGUAGAGAUCUUUACACAAGUGGGGAAUCUGACCGAGUCAUCAACCCCUGGCACGGAGUCGUUCUGUACAGACGCUGCACCAGUGGCUGCUGUCCACUGUGAAGUGGUUCCCAAAAAACCAGCCUUGGUUCUGAAAUGGGCCUGCCCUCCUGGCAUCAACAAGGGCUUUGAGCUGGAGGUCAGCAGUGAUGCCUGGAAGAAUGUGACACAUCUGGAGGGUUGCUCAUCCGAGAAUGACACUGAGUACAGGAAGGAAGUCACGUCUUUGAAUUUCUCUGCCUCGUACAACAUUAGUGUCACCACCUUGUCCUGUGGAAAGAUGGCACUUGCCACCCAAAACACCUGCACUACCGGCAUCACAGACCCCCCUGCUCCAGAUGGAUCUCCUAAUAUUACAUCUGUCAGUCACAAUUCCGUGAAGGUCAAGUUCAGUGGGUUUGAAGCCAGCCACGGACCCAUCAAAGCCUAUGCCAUCAUUCUCACCACGGGCGCAGCUGGCCCCCCUUCCACAGACGUGUUGAAAUACACCUAUGAUGAUUUCAAAAAGGGAGCCUCGGAUACGUACGUCACCUACCUCAUAAGGACAGACGAGAGGGGACGUUCUCAAGGCUUGUCUGAAGUCUUGAAAUAUGAGAUUGACGUCGGGAAUGAAUCUAUGACCCUGGGCUAUUACAACGGAAAGCUGGAACCCCUGGGAUCCUACCGGGCUUGCGUGGCUGGUUUCACCAACAUCACCUUCAUCCCUCACCACGAAGGCCUCAUCGACGGGGCUGAGAGCUACGUGUCCUUCAGCCGCUAUUCCGAUGCUGUGUUCUUGCCCCAGGAUCCAGGGGUCAUCUGCGGAGCGGUGUUUGGAUGUAUCUUUGGCGCCCUGGUUAUUGUGGCCGUGGGAGGCUUCAUCUUUUGGAGAAAGAAAAGGAAAGAUGCAAAGAACAACGAAGUGUCCUUUUCACAAAUUAAACCGAAAAAAUCCAAGCUGAUCCGAGUGGAGAAUUUCGAGGCUUAUUUUAAGAAACAGCAAGCUGACUCCAACUGUGGCUUUGCAGAGGAGUACGAAGAUCUGAAGCUUGUUGGAAUCAGUCUCCCUAAGAUUGCAGCUGAGCUGGCUGAGAACCGAGGGAAGAAUCGCUAUAAUAACGUACUGCCCUAUGAUAGUUCCCGUGUCAAACUUUCCGUGCAGACCCAUUCGACAGAUGACUACAUCAAUGCCAACUACAUGCCUGGCUACCAUUCCAAGAGAGAUUUUAUUGCUACACAAGGACCUUUGCCAAACACUUUGAAAGAUUUCUGGCGUAUGGUUUGGGAGAAAAAUGUAUAUGCCAUUGUUAUGUUGACCAAAUGUGUUGAGCAGGGAAGGACCAAAUGUGAGGAGUACUGGCCUUCCAAGCAGGUCCAGGACUAUGGGGACAUAACUGUGGCCAUGACGACAGAAAUUGUUCUUCCUGAAUGGACUGUCAGAGACUUCACAGUGAAAAAUAUCCAGACGAGUGAGAGUCACGCCCUGCGCCAGUUCCAUUUUACCUCCUGGCCGGACCAUGGCGUUCCUGACACCACUGACCUGCUCAUCAACUUCCGGUACCUUGUCCGCGACUACAUGAAGCAGAGUCCUCCUGAGUCGCCGAUUCUGGUGCAUUGCAGCGCUGGGGUUGGAAGGACGGGCACUUUCAUUGCGAUUGAUCGUCUCAUCUACCAGAUCGAGAACGAGAACACCGUGGAUGUGUACGGCAUUGUGUACGACCUCCGCAUGCACAGGCCUCUAAUGGUGCAGACAGAGGACCAGUAUGUUUUCCUCAAUCAGUGUGUUUUGGAUAUUAUCAGAUCCCAGAAGGACUCCAAAGUAGAUCUCAUCUACCAGAACACGACGGCAAUGACCAUCUACGAAAACCUGGCGCCCGUGUCCACGUGCGGCAAGACCAACGGUUACAUUGCCUGACUCCGGAGGACAGCCCUGCUGAAGGCGGCCAGGCGGGCACACCCACGGCCAAGGAGUGUGCCCCUGGGUCACCGUGUUGUUUCUGCGUCUACUAUCUUAAUCCUUUGUUCUGUUGCGUUUGAACUAACUUGGAGGGUGUGAAGCUGCAGGUGGGACACCUGACAGUGCCCAGGGGGGCCUGCAGGGGCUUUGGUUCCUGCUGAGCAGAGCACGCGCUUACUGACCACCAGGAGGAGGAGCUGCCCCCUCCCCAUCUUUUUUUUCCCCUAGAGAAUCAUGGAAAACCAGAAAACAUGAGUUAUUGACUUUUUUGCCCCCCCCCUCCCCGUUUUCAAAACAGGUUCUUUUUUUUUUAAGACUAUUUUACAUGCCUCACAUGCUCAAGGCAGGGUUGUAUUGGGUUGAAUAUAUUUUCAGUAGCAGAGGUCUAUUUUUACCUACUGUAUCUUGGAGCCCAGCUGGUAUAGCAGACGGAAGUGUGGGUGGUCAGCGUGCUGGGAGGGCUAGGCGGGGCCUGUCCCGCGUGGGUUUUCUAUCUGAACAUGUGCCUUUUCUGAAUUAUGCUUCCACAGGCAGAACUCAGUAGAUGUCUAUUUUUGUACUGAAUCUCCUACAAUUGGGGUAUAUGGAAUAUUUAAGCGUAGUUUAGCUUCAGAGGUUCGCCCUCUCGGGGACGUUCCUGUCCUCCUUGGAUCAGACGGGGGGACGCGGGACCCUCUUCGCCCCUGGCUGUCCUCCCCGCCCCCACUCACACUUGUAGUCCAAUCUCUCUUCCUUUUCUCCCUCAUAGUUUUCUCCAAAGACUUCUGUUGGCAACAGUUUCAGCCCACUGGUUGGGUGAGAAUGGAAACUAGAAGCACGCGUUGCGAGUUUGCCGUGGGCUGGGGUGGGAGAACAGAUGAAUGCAGCGGCGACCUAAAUCCUGUUCUUCUGCCUGUUGGCUUCUCUCUGUCAUUUCUGUCGUUGGUAAGAAGGAUUAUUUAAGGUGCAAUAUGUGACUUCGUGAUUCGUGAGCUCUAGGUUCUUAGUGACGUUUUACUCAGGUUGGCAUCUCACGUGUGUCUGUGUUUGUGUGCGUGCGUCCGUGUGUGUGCAUUUCGAAGUGUGGCAAUCUGUGAACACUUCCAUGUGAACUGUGUGUUCGGUUAACCCCUGCUCCCCCGGUCCACUGGCUGUAGUCUGUCUGCAGUGGCACAUACUGUAUCUACUGUAUAUAUAAAGUAUUCAGCUCUUAAAACUGUCAUUCCUACGAAUUGAGGUGUACAAAGUUUGAUUUGUAUCAAAGAUGUAAUUAUUAUUUUUAAAACCUCUUUUCACUAUACUGCUGCUGUAAUUACUUUGAUUUUUUUUUAAUGUUGAUUUUUUUUUUUUUGGGGAGAGUGGAGGACUUCAGAUAUUUGGUCCGCCAAAUUUCAGAAUUUAGGUGGAUUUAUUUUCUGGGUACAUGAUCUGUAAGCUUCUCAAGGCAUUCACACGAAAGGAUUUGUGGCUCAGGUUCCGUGUUGAAGACUUUUCGACUUACCUUCUGGUAGGCAGUGAAGUUCCCGCGGUGUGAUGAAGGAACAGCCAAGGCGCUGGCCGUGUGCGGUGGCCGAAUCCCCACGGCCAUCCAGCCUGCUGCAGGUGGAGGAUGCGCGUGUCGCCGGGGAGCCACGCUCCUCCCAGCCCUGGCACUUUGCUCGCUGACUGGACAUGACGAGGUUCCGAGGGGGAAGCGCACAGCUGUGAAGGCCCUGUGUGGGUCAGAGGUCUCCCCUCUGAGGUACUGGAGGAUGGAGAGGUCACGGUCUGGUGGUCUGGCAGACCCUCUUCUUUCUCGCAUGGCAAUUGCACUUUCUGCUGGGGACCAGCAGCUCAGCAUCGGGCCCCUGCUGGGCAGGGCAGGGUGGGUGUGUGGCAGGACCACAGGGGGCCUUGGCUGCUUGCACAGUGUCCCCAGAGUGUGGCGGGCAGCAGGGUGUAGGCCGAUGGCUGCCAUCCUCAGGCCCUCGGUGCCCACGGAGGACUCUGGUUUCCUCCCGUGUCCCUUUUCAGGUGGCGGUUCCGUGGACUUGGGCUUCUCUUCCCUCCAAUUUGAGAUGGGCACUUAGGUGUCCAGUCCCGUGCAGAUCCUAAGCUCUGCCCUGCCCAUGUGGCUGCCACAUCCUUCAAAAACCCGAGAAGCCAGCAGAGGACAGAAGCAGCACAGUUGGGAACACCAGAGUCAGAGCCUCACAUGGAGCCUUGGCCCCCCCGUGUCGCACUCCUGCUUCCGAGAGAGAGGCUCAUGGUGGAGGGGUCCGGGAUUCCUCAAGGGGCGGGUCACCCUAAGUCUCAGUACUCAGCAGAGAGCGUUGGGAGUGAAGGUGUUACAGGCCAGUCACGGACCAGGCAGAGGGAGUAAGGACACGGGACUCACGGGUUGGGGCAGGCAGGUAGAAGGCAGUCCUGAGCCCCUGCUCAGGCCCCGCCACUGCUCGCCGCCAGGGGGUCGUGAGCUGGGUUGGAAGAGACCCCUGGCCCAGUGGCUGUGACCCCGCACGGUACUCGGCAGUCACAGGUGGGGCAGCAGCCCGUACAGGGUCUCAGGCCAGCUAGUUUGGGGCCGGGGGUGUGGAUUGGGACCACGAGUAGCUUCUCCUAGGAGCAAAAACUUUUUUUUGCCCCUGGAGUUGACUCUAGUGAGGAUGGUCCCCCCAUGGAAAUGUCGUUUGAUGUCUGUUCGCUGGGGCUGGCUGCUCUGUGACCUCCAGCCAGACUGUGGCAUCACCGACUUCAUUGGAUUUGUGCUUUGUAAAGUCAGAGGCCCCAGGGACGGGGGGGCGGGGUGGGUAGGGGGGCGGGGCGGGGUGGGCUGACACUGCCUUUGCCUCCGGUGCGGUGUGCGCCUGGGGUGAAAAGGCCAGGGUUUGCUCUGGAAAUGCUUGAUUGCGCUUGUCCAGUUAAACCCGUCUUGGUGACUGAUGCUGAUUUUGCCUCAAAAGUCCAAGUUGAAUUUUUCAGACUACUGUGUAGCAGUUGUGUGUUGGACACACUGUAGCUUUUUCUCCCCUGGGGGCACAUACAGCAUA